CACCGACACACACACCGACACACACCUGUUCAUAAGAAUUUCAUAACAUGGUGAAUAAUUUCCUGUAUUUCAGCUCCUCAGUUCGACCAGAAGUCCUCCGCAUCAUCGCGAUUGGACGAUAUCCACGGCUACCACAGAGCCAGACGUCAAUCAGAGCCACCAGAGCUGCUGAUGUACACGCCUGAGAAGUCCAGGAAAAGUCUGCCGCUUCUGCUGGAGGGAAACCUGCCGUAUAGACGCACCAGGAGACAGUCAGCUCCAGCUAAAGACAUCGAAGCAGCGUUUCAUCCCAAUGCUUUGAAGCAGGCGGGCAGUGAGGGUGAGCUUUGCCAGGCAGACAGUCUGGGCUCAGCAGGCAGCAGCAGCACACUCGCGUCCUCCGUCAUCGAGGUGGAGGUCAACAGGCCCGAGCCAGGCCUGAUGCCACAGCUGCGACCAAAUCCAGGAGAAGAGCAGGAAGAGGAAGAAGAGGAGUUGUCCCCCCUCAGCCCUCCUCCCACCCUGUCCAUCACAGAAGAGAUCCUGGAGUUCAUUAACCAAAGUAGAGCCAGGGAAGGACUCACUGCCAUUCACACUGACACAAUGGAGCAGGUUCUGGAUCAGCCCAAAGAAAGUCAGCCUCCAUCUAACCAGACAAACUUCACCUGCCCACUGCCCCCAGUCGCCUGCCCCUCCAGCCCAGAACAAAGACCCACAAACCAACAGGAGCAGGAAAGAGUAGAGAUGGAGAACAACGGAACCCUCCGAAGUCAGACCGGUGGCUCUGCAGAGGAAGAUGGACUUGAAAAUCAAACUACAAAUGAAGUUCAAGAAAUUCCAGAGGCAACAAGUCAAGUGGAAAAGGAAGUGGAGGAGGAUGGAAAGACACAAGGAGAAGUGGUAGAGAAAGAGAAAGAAGAGAAGAAAACAAGAGAUGAAGGAGAGGAAGAGAGUAUCAUUCCUGCCCCGACAUCAGAUCCCCCUAUCUCAGUAGAGAAAGAAAGAGAAAACAGCAGCAGUUGUCACUUACCCAGGGAAGAGGCAAAUACUAAGGCCAACACUUCCUCCCCAAAUCCAGAUCUCCAUCAUCACCACAUACUGAGACGCCAGCCACCCACAAGAGGCUCCCACCUAACCAAACGUGACAAGAAGAUUAUUGAAAAGAUCAGGAGUUACUAUGAGGCAGCAGCCGAGGCCGAAGAGGACGAGCAUGAGGAAGAGGAGGAUGAACAGGGAGAAGGUGUGGCAUCAAGAAGGAGGAGCAGUUUCUCACAAAUCCCAUCUGGUUUAGUGAAGGAUUCGGUAUCACGCUUUGAUGUAGGUGGACAGCAAUGUGCGCCAGAAGGUGGACAAUCCAAGUGUGAAACAACUGAAGCAACCAACAGUGAGGUUCAUCAAGAGACUGAGCUCUAUUCCCCUACUGGUCCCAUCUCUUUCCCUACUCCACUCUCAGCAGAUCAACUCUGUAUCAACUUCCUGGACGUUGAUACAGAGGACCCAAUAAAGUCACCAACCUCCACCGUGAUGCAGGACAAGAAGACCCCAGACCAAGCGGGUCUGAAUCUGCAGUUGAACCCAAACAGGCCUGUUGCGGAAGAGGCUGAGAUACAAGACAAAAAUGAAAAGGUCUGUAAAGGACCACUGGAGGAAGCGCUAGAAGAAAGACAAGAGGGAAAGACAAGUGUUGUGAGUACUGGGCAGCAAGAUGGAAAUUCACUGGAAGGAGAAGGACCAUCUCCUACCAAACAGUACAAGUGCAGAGAUGAAACAACCAAAACCGGUGCUGGAAACCAAGCUGUUACAAAUGGCCAUGAACCUAAACAAGUAGGCCCAGCAGAACCAAAUAGAAGUCACAAAGAACCCUCUACACCUCUGCCACCUACAGAACAAUGUAAAAAAACUGAGACCAAAACUCAGUCCUCUUGGAAUAGAACCAAACAGAGGGACUUGGCUAAGACCGGCGGGAACCUUGAGGGUCUUCCCAGUCAGAUAAAAGUGGGUAGAUGGUCCCGCCACUCUAGAAUUGUCACUGCUAACCGGGCCUUGUUUGAGGGCAUGGGAUCAGAUGUAGCCGGUAUUGGGUUAUUUGAGGCAAGCCCUGUGGUGGAUCCUGUGCUGAUGGAAAACUCAGAGCGUAUUCUGAGCAAGGUCCAAACAUUGGCCCGGAUGUACAGUGCCAAAGCAAGUACCAUGAAGGUCCCACUGCAUCAGAAACGGGCCAGCGCUGUACGGAACCCAUCAUGGGGCUCAGGUAGACUAUCUGGACACUCAAUGGAGACCCAAACUAAAAGCCAGACUCAAGUUCUAUCUCAGACUCAAAUACAGAUCCCAACUGAGUCCCAACAGCAAACACAUUACAAAAGGGAAAUCAAUCCAUCAGAUACCAGUACAGAAACCAAAUAUGGAACCCAAACUCUCUCAGAAGCCAAAGUUCAGAGCCAAACCAUAACACAAACUAGGCAGCAGUUGCAGAUCCAACCCAAAAGCCAGAUUUGGGGUCAGACACAGAACCAGACCGAGACUCAAAGCCAGUACCAGACCCAAACCAUGAGCCAGGAUUACCAAACGAUCCAGGAGGAGAGGAUGAUAAAGACAGCGGAGAGCCUGACAAAUGAUUUCCCGCAGACAGUGAUGGCCCCCUGUGAGCCUCUGCUGUUUGUCAAAGAGCAGCUGACCCUGGCCUGCCACCACCAGACAAAUGGAUUCAACCUCUCCAGGCCCAGAGACUUCAUCUCUGCCCUGACUAAAGAAAGAGACUCCAGUGUGGGCUGUAGAUCAGGCGACAACUCCCAGGUUUCCACCACGCCUGGAGAAAAUUCUUCCACUUCGCUAAGAGAUCCGUCAUCCAAUCAGGCCCAGGCUAACAGCUCCAGCUCCGGGUACACCUCCACUGACACCUCCUUGGCUUCUACAGAAUCCAGACAUCACAUAAGAAUACAACCUGAAGAUCAGCGUUCCAGUUUGUGCUGCUCUGCCAGGAACAGCCCCUUGACAUCAACUAUGACCUUGGAUUCUACAGUCACCGAGUUCAGGGACUACAGCUCUACCUCGUCCACAAGGAGAGGCAAACCCGUAAAUCAAAAUGGGGAGGUUUACUCGGAUACUGAGGACACAGAGAAAAGAGAAGGGUUGGAGCUGAGUCUGGGAUGCCCUGUUUACUCCGUCAGAGAAGACUCAACAUCUGUAAACAUUACCCAGCCAGCACACUCUGAGCCAAGUCUCUCUGGUCACAGCAUUUCACGGUGGGAACUGGAUUCAUAUAAGCAGGAUAUAUCAGCUGCACAAGAAGACAAACCAGAAUACAACAUUUCCACAGGACACACUGACAACAAAGAUUUUCUAAAGAUCUUUAAAGAUGUGCAGAGUGUUCACACAGGGCCUGAAAACGUGGUUUGUUCAGUACACAUGGAUGGAAACACCUCCUCAGGAGAGAUGGGACUGACUGUAGCUUGUACACAGAGUCAGGCUCCAACAGAGUACUACAGAUCCACGAUGCCUCACCCAGGGCUGGCUGGAGAUCAGGCCCAGAGGGAAACACUUUGCCUGCUGGAGGGAGGCACCACAAUCCUGGGGUCCUCUGGAGGUCCAAAGAAAGAUGAGCUCCCAACCGAGCAGAUUAAAUUAAAUGAGACCAAUGAUUCUUUUUCACAAACUAGGAUGAUUCUACAAGGUUCAGCAUUGAUCUUUACAGAUCCACCUCAUUACAGAUCCUUAGGAGAACUGGUAAUUCCACCACCCCUGAGUGAGCCUUCGCACAAGACCGUUGACCCCUCACAGGUUACUAGUCAUACAUUGACAGAAACCCCAGAGGAUCACAAAGCAAGAGUACAAGCAGCACCAAGACCAUGGUCAUCAGCUCAAAACUCUGAAUCAAAUCUUUCUGAACCACGCCCUCCAUCGGCUCAGUCUACAGACUUUCUACCAACAUUCAUCAGCCAGAGGCCAUCAGACAUACCCGCUACAAUGGGUAAACUGGCUCAGUCUAACACCAGGAAUGUCAAAAACACCUCUCCAUUCGAACAUAGUUCCAGGGAACCAGACCAACAGCGCUCCCCCACCAGCCUACCUAUUUCCAGGUUCCCUUCAGGCAGCCGCCCAUCUUCCAGACCCUCCUUGGAGACAUCCAGCCUGGUGGAGAGACCUAUUCUAGCCAUUACCGUCCCUGGCCUGGACACAGACCUCACCACAUCCCCCUCAGCCUUCAGACCCAGCCUCCGAAACCGUUCCCCUUCCCCUGUUAGAGCUCUCCCUUCCUCAUCCUCCUCCUCUGUCCAAGCAUCUCCUUGCACCACGCCAUUUAGGAUUGUUCCAGCAUCUUCUCCCACGCCUGUGUCCACUGAAGAUACCUCUCUGAACACUGUCUGCAGGGCUCUCCCCUGUUUCUCUCCUACUCCCUCUUCUGGGAAGGAUUCCUUGAUACAAGCUCCCACUGCCUGCUCUGCUACACCCUCCUCUGCUUUCACUCCCUCUACGUCUUCUGGGAGAUCUUCAGCCAUAAGAGCAGGUCCUCCUCCCUCCCCUACGCCGUCUUCUUCUCACCGCUCUCCUCCAUGCUCCUCACCCACCGCUUCUUCCUCUGCAUUCGCCAGAUCCUUAGCUGCCUCCUGUAUUAGCCAGUCCAUCAGUCAGAGUAUGGCAAGAAAGAACACUGCCAUGCAACAAGCCCCACCCAUAAAUACAGUAAACCACAGCACCUCAUCUCUUUUACGACAACGCUCACCUUCCCCUAAACUCCCUCCCAGUCAGCAUGGCCCCAGCAUGCCUGCAUAUGCUCUGCUGGGGUGCACUAAAGAUGGGUACCAACAUUCAAGGUGUCCGCCGUCCUCUCCCUGGGCCACUUGCCCUUCCCCUCCCAUGCAGUCACCUUCUCCUUCUCUUUCUCAAUGCUCUCCUUCCCUUUCUACGAAUCUGGCCCAUCAUCAACAUCCCUGCUCUUCUUCCCCUUCCCCUCGUCCCUCAUUCCUUCACUCCAAAACUGACUCAUCACAGAAUCCAAACAACAACAACAACAACAACAACAACAUUAGUUUAGCUGGUAUAACCACAGUGAUCAGCAAUGUAAGUAACACCAGCACCUGUGGCAUUAACCGUGCCGUCAGUAAUGGGGGUUGGUCAGUAAAUUCACAGAAAGUGCCACUAGCAAAUGGUAGCACUAACGCCACAGCAAUGCAAGAUACCCAUGAUCCUCUAUGGUUGGGGUCGCACAACCGUGUAGCUCGGCCUUUUCCUGCGUCCGAGCCCAGCUCACGAGUUCAGUCUCCGUCUCCCUCUCCAACCUUUGCCUCAUUUUCUCGCCUCUGCUCCCCUCCUUCCCAACAUGAUUAUUCCUCCCCCAUGGCAAACAAACCCCCCCAACCCCGGAGCACACGGGUAGGAGGUGCAAGUUCCCAUAACCCACUAGGCCUCACUUUAGAGCUAUCUAGGUCCUCUUCAGCAAGUUCAGCAUUUGGGCAGUCUUCCUCAUGUCUCAGCCCUCGGAUCCUCUCCCCACCUCCUAUUGGUGUGUCAGUGAAUGUUUGGACAAAUAAUGUUGCAGCACCUCAACCUAGAAACCAUAGACAUGGUUCUUCCUCUCCCUCUCCUUCCUUUUCUUCCUCAUUAGGCUCACCAACACUGAAGAAUACCUCUUUCCCUACUUCCUCGUCUUCUUUGGUCCCACAGGUUAGUUCCAGAGCCGCUUCCCCUUCUGUACCCUGUUCUCCUGCAUCCCAAACAAACUCUCAAACCCUUCGUAGGUCUUUCUCCUCCAGCCUGGCAGACAGACCCCCUAGCCCAGUCCGGAGCAACCCUAGUGGACUGCGCCGUUCUUGGGCAGACAGCAGCCGCAGGUCCCUUGGAUUUAUUGGAAGUGGCCGACAGUUGUUUGAACAGCAGGAGUCCUGUCCAACCAGUCCAAGGAGUGGAUGGUCCUCAUAUGGCAGCUCACCGUCCUGCCUCAGCCCUCGAGCUGGGCUUCAAUCCCCACUCUCACCUAGCAGGCUUACCCCAGGGAAGGGGGCCCUUGGUGGGCAGCAUUUCACCAGCGUGCCAUGGCCAGAUGUACGAGAGCUGUCAAACAAAUAUAAUGGAACUGAUAGCCUCGAUCCAAGUGCUACAUCAACCAUUGCCUCCUCUCCUUCUCCUUCUCCUCUGUCCUCGCUCUCUCACACCCUCCUCUCCUCUCCAGUUCCAUCAGACAGCCAGACAGAAUGGGGAGACCCAGAGCUAGAAGAGGGUAAUUGUCGUAGCCAGCUUAUCUGCGCCUAUAUUGCCCGGCCUUCCUGUGAACAAAAUCUUGCCUCAGGCAUGAAUUCCCCCCCACUUUCCCCCUACCAGCAACACAACUACCAAUCCCAAGUUAAACCACAGUCUCAGGACCAAAUCGCCACCACAACACCUCUUGUACCCCCCGUCUCUUCACCCUUACCCUCAAGCUCAUCGCCACUACCCUUUGCCCAUUCAUCUCCUACCAAACAGGGUAACCAGAAGACCAGUUAUGCCACCACGGUAAACCUCCAGAUUGCUGGAAGUGGCAGAAUAACUUCCUUCAGCACCGCCCAAGUUAGCCUGACUCAAACCCUGCAGGGUGGAGCCGGAGCAGGAGGACCGGGACAAGGGCAGGUGACAAGGAGAGUAAGCAUCAAUGGACUUUCACACCUUGCUUCCCCUCUUCCUCAGAACUGCAACAGGCUAUGAAAGAAAUAGGGAAUACUUUCUUUCAUAGCCUUAUGAGACAAUAAAAGAAAAGGUGACAGAAGGAAAAAAGGCAUUAGAAAAGAUGUGGGAAAUUUACCGCCAAGACACAAAGUAAGUGUAAGAAGAUGUUGUGUCACUGCUGGUUUCCAGUUAGUUGUCCAAACCUCCGGAACUUUUCCAUGGCUUGUUGUGAACCACAAACCCCUGUAACUCCAUGAGUUUACCAAGUUGAACAUGAUCUUUCUCAAAUGGCAAACAUGGGGUACUUCAACUUGGGAGUAAGUUGAAAUCCAAGGGACAUCGUGAAUGUUGUCAGCCCUAUUCAACACUGAUUUUAAGUCAUUCCCCUCUGCGUGAUCGGAUUCAUUUAGGGGUUAGAUGUAAUGCAGAGUACAAAAUUAAUCUUGGUGACUUUUAGAAAAGCUUUAAACCCGAGCUUUAAACAGGUGACCUUUCAAGAAUGGAAAUUCUACCUGCACAUAGCUCAAAUUUGUCAAUAUGGGCUAAUGACUUUGAAUUGUUGCUAAUGGAAUUGUUUUGAAGGUCCUAAUGUUGUAAAAAGUUAACAAAUAUGUGGCCAUCAACGGGAAUGAAUAACUUAGCUGUGAUCUUACUAGAUGAGCAUGCAAAAGCACAGCUUCAUGUGAUGAAUUUGCAGAUGUCUGAAGUCUGAUUAUUACUCAGUUCACUUUCUGAAUGGCUCUGGACUCUUUCUGUGGAUGUGAUGACUUAUUGCAAAAACCAUUCAUUUGAGACACUUUUGACCAUCCAUAACUUUUAGCAUUUAAUGAGCUGGAGUACAUCCGUUUUUGCUAAUCUUGCAGUCACAGGCGUGUUGAAGGUCCAGUUUCCAACCAGUGCUGUAUGCAAUCAGUUAUUUUUGUUAUUGUUUUGUUUAUAUUCUGUUGAACAAACAUAAAAGUCUGGCUAUCUGAGGCCAGGUUGGUGAUGACUGUGGUUAAUAAUAAUCUAUCUUUUUAAUCAUUUUAUUAUUCUUUUUUAUUUUAUUGUUUAUUUAUGAAUUUAGUCUUAUUCUCUUUGGCACUUAUUAUCCUUAAAGUAAUGUUGAUAUUUUGCACAGUGUCUUCAGCUCUUGGUUGCAUGCAUCAAGAGAUUGUAUGUGUUUGUGUGUGCCUGAAAUGACGUGUCUAAGAAGUUCUCCUUUUAACUUCAGACCAAGCCAAUACCUGUGUGUGUUUGUUUGUUCCCAUAUUGAUAUACUCAGUUGGUUCAUUGCCUUUACACUCUCUCCUGUUGCCAGUGUCCUUCAGAAACCUUGUAUCUCAAGUUUCACUGGCUAUUCCGAAGUUGUAGCAGUAAGUCAAUGAGAUGGAAAAUGCUGCACGAGAUGUAUUGGCUGAAAGGUUUUACUUAGUUUGGCAACAUGCAUGGCAUACCAGUUUUUUCAUAUGUUAAGAGUUGAUGAUUACCCUAAUGCGCAAGGCUCAGUGUUCAGUUUUUAUUGUUUGUCAUUAAAAACAAAACAAAAAAAGCAGAUCAGUUUGAAUUUUCACCCAGAUUCAAAACUGUGUUUCCCAUUAAAGGAAACACUGUUCACGCUGUUUACAGGUCCUCUUGUAAUAACUCCGGCUCAGAAAAUACUUCCAGUGACGAAGUGAAAGUAAAGAGACAAAUGGAGAGGAAACACCAAUGAGCUACUGAUUAUGCGCCAUAUUCUGUCAAAGUAUUUUGUAUUUAAAAUUUUUUAUUAGUUUAACAUGAAAAGUUUUUUUUUAUUCCAUUUCAUUCAAAUUUUAUUUAGAUCGAAAAACAUUAUGUAAAUUACAUUAUUAUGUGAAAAAAACAUAAUACAUAAUUACACAUUUGGGAGGUUUUAAAUGACUCAGUCACAUGACAACAAUUUGACCAAUUAGACUAAACUGCAGGUUGAGACUGAGAGGACCCCCCCCCACCCCCACCCCCAUAAGAUGAGGAAAGGAGCCUCGAUGCUUCCUGUCAUUUCUCCUUUAGCAUAGGGCACCUUUACAAAAGGAAAGGAGAGAAUGCCGUCCCACAAUUCCUUGCGGCGGCAACAUUUAAAGCGACGCACGUUCUCAAACUCAAAUGAUAAAAUCCAUUGACCACAUUUAGCAAAAAUCCUGCAAUACAAACACACAUUAUGGUAGGCUACCUGAAUAAGAGUCACAAUUAGCCUAUUUCUUUCUUUUGGUUUGUUUUCUUUUGGCUUUGCUGUUUCACCGUUUUAUUGUUGAAAAAAAAUAAAUAAAUCACUGACCAUGAUGGAUAAAGGAUGUUGAUCACCAUGUAAGUUACCAUUGGUUAUUAUAAAAUGCCUAUCUUAAACACAUAUCACAGAAUUUCCCCUCGGGGAUCAAUAAAGUAUUUGUGAUUCCGAUUCUGAUUCUGAAACUGUCAACAGUAACUGAGACCCAUAAAAGCUGUUACUGGUCUUGUACCGUGAUCAAAGUGAGGAUCAUUUUGCAGAGUGUAGCCUCACGUUAUGUAUUGCAGCCUUCAGCAAAAUCAUUCAUUCAUUUUACUUCAGUCACAGAUGCUGACACCCUCGCCUUAAUAAAGGCAAUGAUCAGGCUGGAUGACCUCUACAGUAGGUGUUUCCCACACAUUGAUUUAUUUGUGCCGGCCUGCCACAUUAUCAACGCUCUUUUUUUGUUAGGCUACUAUUUAAAGUGGUUAAAAUCAUAUUUGAUCACAGAGCUCCGUGCAGCACCUCCUCUCUCUCUCUCUGUCUGUCUCUCUCGCCACAGUUAUGACGUCAUUCUGUGGUUAGGAAAGGAGAUUUUUUUGACUUUUCGGAUGCAGCCCAGAUCUUCACCCAGUAACCUUCAGAGUCAGUAAGAUGUACAGUACGGAAAAUAAAGUUAUGUGGUUCAAAAUCAAAA